CUGUGGUCGUUAUUAGUUGACGAAAUCAAAAUGGCUUCUUUCACGGGAUAGCGCAUAUCCGCCGCAUAGUUCGUGGUUUUAUUAUUUGUCGUGGGUGUGACUAUUUAUUUGUGUAAAAGACUUUUUGUGAACUAUUACAUUGUGCCAAAGUGUUAUAACAUUCAAAGUGGAUCUGACGGACAUAAUUUGUGCAUUUACAACAAGUUUUCUCUAAGAUCAGCCGCACGGCACAGCAGCAAUGAGCAGUGACGGUUGAGGCGCCCCCGCGCCGGACACGGCCCCCACACACCCGCAACAUGUCGUUCCUACACAAUCUGAAGAAGGUGCUCCACCUAGGCAGCGGCAAUGACGCGAAAAAGAAGAAGGUGUUCAACAACAUCCGGGACAACUGCGACCCGGCCGAGUUCUGGGACAUGAUCGGCGAGCUCGGCGAUGGAGCCUUCGGGAAGGUGUACAAAGCGCAGCACAAACAGACCGGCCAGCUGGCAGCGGCGAAGAUGUGCGUCCUGGACAACGAGGACGACCUGGCCGACUUCACCGUGGAGAUCGACAUCCUGUCGGAGUGCCGCCACGAGAACGUGGUGGAACUGCACGAGGCCUACUUCAUCAGCAACAAGCUAUGGAUGCUGCUAGAAUACUGCGACGGUGGCGCCCUCGACUCCGUCAUGUCGGAGCUGGAGAAGGGUCUGACGGAGGCCCAAGUAGCCUUCGUGUGUCGCGAGAUGUGCCGCGGGCUGCAGUUCCUGCACUCGGUGCGCGUCAUACACCGCGACCUGAAGGCGGGGAACGUGCUGGCCACCAUGACCGGCGGCGUCAAGCUGGCGGACUUCGGCGUCUCGGCCAAGAACAAGUCGACCCUGCAGAAGCACGACACGUUCAUCGGCACGCCGUACUGGAUGGCGCCCGAGGUGGUGCUGUGCGAGACCUUCCGCGACCACCCCUACGACUUCAAGGUGGAUAUCUGGUCACUGGGCAUAACGCUGAUAGAGUUCGCCCAGAUGGAGCCUCCGAACCACGAGAUGACGCCGAUGCGGGUGCUGCUCAAGAUACAGAAGUCUGACCCGCCCACCCUCGACCAGCCAUCGCUUUGGAGCAAGGCUUUCAAUGACUUCAUCGCUAAAGCUUUGGUUAAGGAUCCCGAGAAGCGGCCGACGGCGGAAGAGUUGUUAAAGCACGAGUUUGUCAGCGGGCCUCUGGAUUCAAAGCCGCUGAGAGACUUGUUAUUAGAGUACAGAGCUGAGGUGGUCGAGGAAGAACUGUUGGAUGAUGAUUCAGAGGAACAUCGCAGCUCCCAGAUGCAUAUGGAGAUGGAAGAUGACUCCACGUCGGUGCGGUCGGCCGACACGCCCGAUGUCAAAAUGUCGGAAGGGGAGCCGGCGGGCGCGGCCAAGCGACCGCACGACGACGAGACCGCCGCCGCUGACAGGAAAGUGCCCGCGCCGAAGAAAGAGAAGGGCCCGGCGCCGCCGCCGCCCGCCUCGCCCCCUGCGUCCCCCGCGCGGCCCGCGCCGCGCAAGCAGCCCGCGCCGCCGCCGCCGCAGCCCAUCGCUGUGCAGCAGAAUCGGGAACCAGAAAAGCAAGAAGAGAAGACCGAACCGCCACCAGCCAAGAAGGAGACGGAACAGAACGGCGUGGCACAGCCUAAAGCAGACCGAAUACCCACCCCCGAGCCGCAGAAGCAGCCAGAGCCUUCUAGAAGGAGCUCCGAAGAACGAACGGAGAAACUCAUUCCAAAACCAGAGAUAGAAAUAGAAGAUACGCGAUUAGAAGUCAAUAAUGUCGUAGAAGUUGACAGCAAGAGGGAGAAGAGGAAAGAAGAAAGGAUAGAAAACUUGGAAGAUAGGAGAGAAGAUUGGAUAGAUAGACAACUGGAGAAGCGGAGAGAGGAAAGAAGAGAAGAGAAGAGAGAGGAAAGGAGAGAAGAUAAAAGAGAAGAAAGGAGAGAGGAGAAAAGAGAAGAAAGGAGGGAGGAAAGAAGAGAGAAGAGGAUAGAGAAGAGUCAGUCCAGGGAAAAGAUUGAAGUGAGGGCCGUUAUGCCUAGUCAACCGGAGCCGUCGCCGCCUUCACCACAAAAGCCCCCCGCGCCGCCUCCCCCCGUCACCCCUCUCACCCCCGUCACGCCCGUCACCGCGACGCUGGUCACGCCCGUCACGCCAGCGUCGGUGACGGCGGUGACACCAGUGGCGAGUGUGGCCGCCGCGCCGCUAGUGGUGGAGGUUAGGGAGAGCACGUCUUCUGUUAUUGAGGUCGGUCAAGAAGUGGAGCCGAACUCGCUAGCAGCGCAACCUGUCGGACAUGUGACGCUUACUACAACACAUCCACCAGUUCUCGUGAACGCCCAACCGCUACCCCCGAGCGCCGUGACGAUAUCCACCGGCUCGCUCCGCGACGAGGUGGUGGUGGUGGCGCCGGCGUCGUCCUCGGACGAGGACUGCCUCGCGCCCUCCUCGCUCGACUCGCUCGACACCGCCUCCUACACCGAGCGCACCCGCGGCAAGCGUCUCGACAGCAGCGAAGUGUUGAUCCUGAGCUCGUGCGCCACCGGCGACUCGGGCGUGUUCGACGACAGCGCCGGCGUCAACCUGGACACAUCUCACGUCUCCGUAGUAACAGUCGGUUGCGGCACGGAGCAAGUGCGCGUGCGUGACUCGGCCGCGACUCACAUCUGCGUGGGCGACUCGCACAGCGAUGGCAGACGGUCAGCAUCAGACAGUGUGUCAGUAGAGUCGUGUCGCUCGGGCCGCGCCCCCUCCCCCAGCGCGCCCUCGCCCGGCGCGCCCUCCACGCCCACCGACUCCAGACACGCCCUCAAUGGAGGCGCUAGUGUGUCAGAAGAGUCGUGUCGCUCGGGCCGCGCCCCCUCCCCCAGCGCGCCCUCGCCCGGCGCGCCCUCCACGCCCACCGACUCCAGACACGCCCUCAAUGGAGGCGCUAGACUGUUAGUGUCAGACAGUGUGUCAGUAGAGGCGCCCUCGCCCGGCGCGCCCUCCACGCCCACCGACUCCAGACACGCCCUCAAUGGAGGCGCUAGACUGUUAGUGUCAGACAGUGUGUCAGUAGAGGCGCCCUCGCCCGGCGCGCCCUCCACGCCCACCGACUCCAGACACGCCCUCAAUGAAGGCGCUAGUCGUGUCGCUCCGGACGCGCCCCCUCCCCCAGCGCGCCCUCGCCCGGCGCGCCCUCCACGCCCACCGACUCCAGACACGCCCUCAAUGGAGGCGCUAGGUGAGUGCCGUGUCAUGUACAUACAGUUAGUGUCAGACAGUGUGUCAGUAGAGUCGUGUCGCUCCGGACGCGCCCCCUCCCCCAGCGCGCCCUCGCCCGGCGCGCCCUCCACGCCCACCGACUCCAGACACGCCCUCAAUGGAGGCGCUAGAAUAAACACCGACGGACAGCCGCUAGAGAACGGCGACGGGCAGGUGGUGCUCAGAAGAAAGACUCAAGAAGGCCGGCUGAGGUCCAAGGAGGACAUCCACUUAGCGAACCUCAAGAAGAAGACGAGGAAACGCACCAGGAAGUUUGAGAUCGAUGGCGUCGUUAUUACUACUACCACGUCUAAGGUGAUAUGGGACGACGACGAAAACGGCCGCAUGUGGGACGACCACGCGCUGCGCAAGCAGGAGCUGCGGGAGAUCAAGAUGCUGCAGAAGCUGGAGCAGAAGCAGUUCCAGGACCUCAACGCCAAGGAGCAGCAGCUAAGGGAGCAGCAGGAUAAGAGAUUCGAAGCGGAACUCUCCUCGCUCACCCGCGCACACGAAGCCGACCUGGACACGCUAGCCCGCGCCCAGCGAGCGGCCGCCGAGCGAGCCGAGCAACAGCUCGAGGCGGAACUACGAGCCGCCGGCAAGCGCCUGCGCACCGAGCACGAGCGCGACCUGCGCCACUUCCGCGACACGCUCAAGCAGGAGCUCAAGCUGUUGAAGCAGGAAGUGGAGCUAGUAUCACGCGAGCGCCGCAAAGAGGCCUACCGUGCGCGGCGCGCGCGCCUCGACGCCGAGCACGCGGAGCGCGAGCGAGCAUUCGUGGCCGCGCUCGCCGAGCAGCAGCAGCACGUGCUGCGCCGCGUGCACGACGCAAGACGGGCCAGGCGGGCGCUGCAUGAUACACAAUACUUGCAACAACGACACCAGAUAAUGCGCACGCGCGAGUCAGCUCUCUGGGAGCUGGAGGAGAAGCAGAUCCACGAGCGCCACCAGCUGGCCAAGAGGCAGCUGAAGGACGAGUUCCUGCUGCGGAGGCACCAGAUGCUGGUGCGCCACGACAAGGAGCUGGACCAGAUCAAGAGGAAAAACGCGCGCAAAGAAGAAGAGCUAGCGAAAUGCCAAGCGCUAGAGAAGCGUUCCCUACCGAAGCGGAUCCGAGCGGAGAUGAAGGCCAGAGAGAUGAUGUUCAGAGAGAGCCUGCGCAUCAGCACCGCGCCCGCCGCCAGCGAGGACGAGAGAGAGAGACUCAAGAAGUUCCAAGAGAACGAGAAGCGCCGCUACCAGGCGGAGCAGCAGCGGCUCGCCACUAAACACGCCAAGGCGAGGGAGGAGCUCAAGGCAGCCGGCGAGGCGUUACUCCGCGAACUGGAACAAUACCAGAACGAGAAGCGCAAAGCCCUCAUGAACCACGAGAGCAACAAGAUGAAGGCGGUGGAGGAGCGCUACUCGGCGGAGCUGCGCGACUGGCGCGCCACGCUCGGCCAGAGGAAGCAGAGCCUGCUUAACACCUUCGAGAAACAUCUAGACGAUCACGAGAACAAGUACGGCACCAAAAUCGAAGACAGAAGCGUCUACCUCGACGUACCAUUCCCCAAGAACGUUCUACACCACGUCCUGACGUCAUACCAGCAGCGGACCUCCUUCAUGGGCUCUCUGUCUCGCUCUCGCACCAGCCUCAACCUCAUCACGACUAAAACCCCCACCAUGGACAGACGAGGCAGCGUCAGUCCGCUGAGAGAGACGAAAUCCGCGACUAAUACGACUAAACGCACGAAACUCGCCAAAGCGCAGAAGUUUGGCAGCACUUCGAACUUGAAACUGGUUUCGGAGAAGAUAUCUGGGUUCUCCGUCUUCAAUGGACCGAAUGAGUACAGCCGAGAUGCUCCGAUUAUGGCGUAUGGAGACGAGGCGUCAGCGAACGGGUCGGUCAAAAUGAGAGAAAACGUCAAACGCGGGCCGAAACUCAACAGGCAGACUAUGUCUGAGCAACUCUUGAUGCGUACGGAAACCGACGAGGCGAUGAAGCGAUCGCUCUCACAGCACAGCCUAAGAGAGGACAGGGCCUUAGAGGCGGUGGUCAUUGACCUCCCGUCGAUGGACUAUAACACUGGGCGUAGCACAAGUCCUUGCGGUACGCUGGACUCUCGCGACGGCAGCGAAGACGAGGGUACAACUAAAUACUUCAGUCGCUGGGGUCCUAUCAGGGGUUCGAACUCCUAUUCUGACUCCCCUGAUGUUCCUAUCAGUCAGCUGUCAACUGUUAACCUUAGGGCGUCUAUAACUUCUAAAAACCGUGAUGAUUCGGCCGUUUGAUUUGUUACUUUGAUAUAAAAUUUGCGGACUCAAGUAGCGUAAGUGUUGAUAUUUGAAAAUGUUGCGAUUUUUUAAUUGAUAUUUUUAAUGUGUUUUUUAAGAGUCAAAGGUAGGUCGCUCAUGAUUAUGAUAAUUACGUGCUAAUAAUAAGGAUAGUUGAUUCGCUUACGCGAUUAUAUGUUGAAUAUUUACAUCGCUAAUGACUAUUGAGGUUUCUAUACACUUUAACAUAUAGUUCCUAAUUAAUUAGGUCAAUGUCACGUUGUAUUUAAACAAUGAUGCUAUGCCACCGAUAGUAGUUAGGUAUUUAAAUACCUAUAACAGUAAAACAUAAGCUAUGGACAAGUGUAACGUUUUUCCUUGCGUUUCGUUGUCUUUAGGAACCUGCUUAUAAAUAACAAAGGGGAAGUGCCGUAAACAAUAAAAAAACAACUUAUUUAGUAGGCGUGAUAUAUUAGGGUCUUAGCAUAAGGAAUUUGAAAUUAAAGACCUAUAAUGCCUAAAACCCUAAAACAUUCAAUACUUAGGUUACCUACACCAUUAACUUUUAUCGUGGUACGCCUACAGUUAAAUGUUCUUAUUUGGCCAUAGCUUAUAGUAAAUAGGGGUGCUGUAUACAUGUAUUACAUAAUACCUACAUGCGUUAUUAUUAAUAUUUGAUUUGAUUAUACUAACGUAGUAUAUUGAGAUAUAUAAAACAUUUAAACUUUGUAUGAAAUCGGAUAACAAAACUAUAAUUAUAUAUCAUGUUAUUUCGUCUAAUUUGCUGCGAUCAAGUUUAUCGUAUCAAAAAAUACUCAAGAUUGUUUACUAGCCUGUGGGUCAAAUAAUUAUAAAUUUAUUUCUGACAGUAUCUAAAAUGAUAAUUAUGUGUAUCAGCUACAAUCCUUCUUAUUGUUGAUUUGUAUUUUUUAUCGAAGCUUAGAAGCCUUCAACAAAAUAGACGUAACUACUCACCCGCCCUCGCCAUACUAAAUAUACUUAAAUAAAUUAGAAACAGCCUCUUAUGUAGGCAUUUAAUAUUAGUCACAAAAUUGCCAUUGAUAAAUUAUACUUAACUAAUAACUUAAUACUUCCAAGAUUUGCCAGAAAACUAAUAUUUGCUUCCUAUUACUAACAUAGGCCUAUUUAAGUCGUAUGAGUUUAUAAAUUUUAAUUAAAUUUGUUGAUAGCUAUUAAGAUAUAUGUAUCUAGCUAGCUUUAGUUAAGUUUAUUCAUUGUUAGCGAUUCUGAAGGCCCCAAAAUGUUUUAUAUAUCAAAAUGUGUGACACCGAUUUGGUGCCUUUAGAUUCGUUUACAUUAUAUAAAGCAUACUUCCUAAAAUAAGACUAGGGAGAAUAAAAGUCUAUGGCUUCGUUACGCCGCCAUUUUUUUUCUUAGAGAAUUUUGAGAUAAAGUGUA